AUGUCGUCAUUGUUGGGUGUAACGUCGUUCGCCACUGAUGUGCCAGAACUUAAUGCAAAAUUCCAACUCAGUGAAGACAAAGAUGAAGGAUAUUCAUUGGAUUUGGUAUACAAUGCUGAUGAAACAGGCCUUAAUUGGAAGGCACUGCCGCGUAAAUCAUUGGCAUCAAAACGAGAAAAGGCGGCGCCAGGAUUUAAGGUUAGCAAGGAGCGUGUAACAAUCAUGGUUGCAGCAAACGCUACUGACGGGUUUACUAAUGAAUUUAUCCCUGAUGUCAAAAAGUACAAAAAAGAUAACAAUAAGCUGGGGAAAGUACUUCUCGUUAUAGACAAUGCCCCAACCCACCCGGAUGUUGAAAUAUUGAACUCAAUCGACGAGGACUUUAAAGUGACCUAUUUACCACCUAACGUGACAGCGUUACUUCAGCCCAUGGACCAGGGCGUUAUAGAAAAGCUUAAAAGGAUGUACAAAAAGCAAGUUCUUCGUCGCUUGUUACUUGCUGAUGCCAAUGAAGAAAGUGUUGUGCAAUUUGCCAAAAAACUCAAUGUCAAAGAUUGUUCUUACAUGAUAGCAGACUCUUGGAGCAACAUGAAAGAAAGCAACUUAAAAAAUGCUUGGAACAAAAUUUUAGAAAAGACUCGUGAAAAAAUAGAGCCUAAAGUUACAGACCAGGAAGAUGUUGAUGAAUUUUUGGAGUUGUAUGGAGAAAUUCCUGGAUUUUCAGAAUGUGACAUACAAGAUACUGAAAAUUGGCUAACAAUGGACAAUGACCCAGGCUUCCAGAUCCUUAAUGAUGAGGAAAUUGUUUCUCUGGUGCUGGCUGAAGAUACAACCCAGCAUGACAGCGAUGAAGACUGUAACACAGAUACUGCAGAAAGCACCAAGAAUCGUCCAAGUCAUGAAGAAGCUUUAUCGGCAUUUAAUACUGCGAUGUCUUGGCUUCAAAAGCAAGAGGAGAGCUGCCCAACUCAGCUUUUACUGCUAAAGAGGCUUAGGGACUUAGCAGCUAAAAAACGGUCCUCAACGCAGUUUAGCCUCAGCCCUGGCAGUCACCUGGUUCAGGUCAUCCAUCUCUUAGAACGCCUUGUUGAAGGUCGUCAAGUGAUCGUUGAUGUACACUCGACUCUGCUGAAGAGAUGGAGAUAUGUCCCUGGUGUCAAGAUUCCUCUUGGUCCGGGCAGCCGUAAGCCAAAACAUCUUUACACUUCGCGAAACAAACUGAGCGAUGACAGGUGGAUGAGCGAGGAUAAAUGCUAA